CCUUCGUCGACCUCUUCAUAAAAGACCAGCUCAAGGCCUAGGCUUAAACCCACCGAAAUACUUACCAAGGAGCUUUUCCACAAUCUGGCUCUCUGCUAUCCACCAUGCAGUCCGCAUCCUCGAUGACGACUGAUGACUUGAAAGCCCUGGAUCAAGCCCGUAAUCGCAUGGUUGCGAUUGUCAAAUCACUGGAAGGGAUUGAGGGGGAUCUAAUGCGCCACGAACCACUUCCUAACUGGCCCUCUCUUCAAAAGUCAUCUGCACUCCUCCUCAGAAACAUCACCUCUCUGCUCAACUCGACCACAACAAACAACGAAGCUCUGCAGAGGAUGCACUCUUCCCCACUCGCCACCUUCCCCGGACAGUCCCAAAGUAAUCUGCUCCACCAGCUUCUGCGAAAGAAGCUCGAACCCAACGUGGAAGAUUGGAUUAGCGAAGGCCUUGGUUACGCUAGCAAGUUCUGCGAGAUGGGUGAGUUUGGAGACGGAAGUGCUGCCGGCCAGACGGAGGACGGGCUAGAUGAGUACUCCGUUUCGGAGCUUUGGGAGUGGGCCGGGCCAGCAGAAAACGACAUCGCACGGCAGGUCUUCACGGCAGAGGACGAAGAUGAAGAGGAUGAUGAGGACGACGAGGAUGAGGAAGACGAAGAGGAUGAGCCAAUGAAGGACGCUGCGCCCGCGAAAGACACUGAGCCACCACGUUUACCACUUGGGACUGUACUGACGUACAUGAGCACGGGUGCGGUGCCAAAGGUUGUGGAUCGAGCCCAGGAAGAGAGAGACAUGCAGGCUGCGUUGAAAAUGCGUCAGGCUCGAACAGCUCAAGCGGAAAUGGACAGAAGAGCGGGAAUUACGCGCUAAUCCGAUUGCCAGGACUAUAAAUGAACCCAGUUAAUAGUUUGACGAGGAUUAGAGUUUCCAGCUGACUUGUAGGAUGACUUGUAAGGAGGCAUAAAAAUGGACAGAUCACUCAAUCCACGUCGAAGCACCACAAGCAGUGCAUUACCUGUGUACACUCAUUAACAGACUGUCACGCUAUGUUAUUCCUCGCUGCUACCUAGCGGCGCUCCUAUCAGCUACUAAUGGG